GCGUCGCCGCUUUAAGACCGCGGCGGCGCGAGCAGGUCUAUGGUAAUGAGCCGCCGCCACCACCGCCGCUGCUCUGCAGAGCUCGCCCGCCCGCCCGGGAGGCGAGGGAACGCGGGUCUGGGCCCGGGACCCCGGCGACCGGUAGCUGCCGCGGCGGGGACGCAGGGCGCGAGCGGGUGGCGCAGGGCCAUCGUUGGCAGCCGGGCCCGGGCCGGAGCGUGAGGCUCCGCAGACGCAGGUGGGCGACCUUACGCGGGCGGAGGGGACAUUCUGGGGCUCGGGACCGGGGGACCCGGCAGAGCCAGAGAUCCUCGCGGCCCGCGGGCGCAGGUAGAGAACGCUCAGAGCGCAGGUGGAAGCGCAGCGUGAACCCGCAGUGGUCGCGGCGACUCGGGAGCGGGCCCGGCUUCGAGAGUGGUGGGAGCCCGGCGCAUCGUGGGCUAAGAGCGCGGCCCCGCCGAGCCAUCUGGGUGCAGGCCCAGUGGGACGUACAGGUGGCCCCCGGGGACCCGCGCCCCGGCCCGGGCAUGAGGCGCGGCGGGGCCGGCAGGAGCCGGAGGAAGAGCCGCCGCGGCUGUUGACCCGGCUGGCCGGGAACAGGGAGAGAUGCGGAGCCGGGCUGCCAGCGCCCCCCUCCCAACGCCGCUGCUGCCGCUGCUACUGCUGUUGCUGCUGCUGCCACCGUCGCCACUACUGGGAGAUCAAGUGGGGCCCUGUCGUUCUCUGGGAUCCGGGGGACGCAGCUCCUCUGGGGCCUGCGCCCCCGUGGGCUGGCUCUGCCCAGCCUCUGCUUCGAACCUCUGGCUCUACACCAGCCGCUGCAGAGAAUCGGGCAUUGAGCUGACCGGCCACCUGGUGCCCCACCACGAUGGCCUGAGGGUUUGGUGUCCAGAAUCAGGGGCUCAUAUCCCUCUUCCGCCAUCCUCUGAAGGCUGCCCCUGGAGCUGUCGUCUCCUGGGUAUCGGAGGACACCUUUCUCCACAAGGCACGCUGACCCUGCCUGAAGAGCACCCUUGCUUAAAGGCCCCACGGCUCAGAUGCCAGUCUUGCAAGCUGGCACAGGCCCCAGGGCUCAGGGCUGGGGAAGGCUCACCAGAGGAAUCUCUGGGUGGGCGCAGGAAAAGGAAUGUGAAUACAGCUCCCCAGUUCCAGCCUCCCAGCUACCAGGCCACAGUGCCUGAGAACCAGCCUGCUGGUACCUCUGUUGCAUCCUUAAGAGCCAUUGAUCCAGAUGAGGGUGAGGCGGGUCGACUUGAGUACACCAUGGAUGCCCUCUUUGAUAGCCGCUCCAAUCAUUUCUUCUCCUUGGACCCAAUCACCGGUGUUGUCACCACAGCUGAGGAGCUGGAUCGGGAGACCAAGAGCACCCACGUCUUCAGGGUCACUGCACAGGAUCACGGUAUGCCCCGACGGAGUGCCUUGGCCACGCUUACCAUCUUGGUGACCGACACCAACGAUCACGACCCUGUUUUUGAGCAGCAAGAGUACAAGGAGAGCCUCAGGGAGAACCUGGAGGUUGGCUAUGAGGUGCUUACAGUCAGGGCCACCGACGGCGACGCCCCUCCCAAUGCCAACAUUCUGUACCGCCUGCUGGAGGGGGCCGGAGGCAGCCCCUCAGACGCCUUUGAGAUCGAUCCUCGCUCGGGGGUGAUCCGAACCCGCGGCCCUGUAGACCGGGAGGAAGUGGAAUCCUACAAGUUAACAGUGGAGGCGAGUGACCAGGGCCGGGACCCAGGCCCGCGGAGUUCCACAGCCAUUGUUUUCCUGUCGGUGGAGGAUGAUAAUGACAACGCCCCCCAGUUUAGCGAGAAGCGUUAUGUGGUCCAGGUGCGGGAGGAUGUGACCCCAGGAGCCCCAGUUCUCCGAGUCACCGCCUCCGAUAGAGACAAGGGCAGCAAUGCCCUAGUGCACUACAGCAUCAUGAGUGGCAAUGCUCGGGGCCAGUUCUAUCUGGAUGCUCAGACUGGAGCCCUGGAUGUGGUAAGCCCACUCGACUAUGAGACAACCAAAGAGUAUACGCUUCGGAUCCGGGCUCAGGACGGUGGCCGUCCUCCACUCUCCAAUGUCUCUGGCCUAGUAACAGUGCAAGUCCUAGACAUCAACGAUAACGCCCCCAUCUUUGUCAGCACCCCUUUCCAGGCCACCGUCCUAGAGAGUGUCCCUUUAGGCUACCUUGUUCUGCACGUCCAGGCAAUUGAUGCUGACGCUGGUGAUAACGCCCGCCUCGAGUAUAGCCUGGCAGGGGUUGGGCACGACUUUCCCUUCACCAUUAACAAUGGCACAGGCUGGAUCUCUGUGGCCGCAGAGUUGGAUCGGGAAGAGGUUGAUUUCUACAGCUUUGGUGUAGAGGCCCGGGACCAUGGCACCCCAGCGCUCACGGCCUCAGCCAGUGUCAGUGUAACCAUCCUGGACGUCAAUGACAACAACCCAACCUUCACGCAGCCAGAGUACACCGUUCGGCUCAACGAGGACGCCGCCGUGGGCACCAGUGUGGUGACCGUGUCAGCCGUGGAUCGAGACGCUCACAGUGUCAUUACCUACCAGAUCACCAGCGGCAACACCCGCAACCGCUUCUCUAUCACCAGCCAAAGUGGUGGUGGACUGGUCUCCCUUGCCUUACCGCUAGACUACAAACUCGAGCGGCAGUAUGUGCUGGCAGUGACUGCCUCAGAUGGCACAAGGCAGGACACAGCUCAGAUAGUAGUGAAUGUCACCGAUGCCAACACCCACCGUCCCGUCUUCCAGAGCUCCCACUACACAGUCAACGUUAAUGAAGACCGGCCAGCAGGCACCACAGUGGUGCUGAUCAGCGCCACGGAUGAGGACACGGGGGAGAAUGCCCGAAUCACCUACUUUAUGGAGGAUAGCAUCCCCCAGUUCCGAAUCGACGCGGACACUGGGGCUGUCACCACCCAGGCUGAGCUGGACUACGAGGACCAGGUGUCUUAUACCCUGGCCAUCACUGCUCGGGACAAUGGCAUUCCCCAGAAGUCUGACACCACCUAUUUGGAGAUCCUGGUGAAUGACGUGAACGACAACGCCCCCCAGUUCCUCAGAGAUUCCUACCAGGGCAGCGUCUACGAGGACGUGCCGCCCUUCACCAGCGUCCUGCAGAUCUCAGCCACGGAUCGAGACUCCGGUCUGAAUGGCAGGGUUUUCUACACCUUCCAAGGAGGAGAUGAUGGGGACGGUGACUUUAUUGUAGAGUCGACAUCGGGCAUUGUGCGCACACUGCGGAGGCUGGAUCGUGAGAACGUGGCCCAGUACGUCCUGCGGGCCUAUGCGGUGGACAAGGGCAUGCCACCAGCCCGCACACCCAUGGAAGUGACAGUUACUGUCCUGGAUGUGAAUGACAACCCCCCUGUCUUUGAACAGGAUGAGUUUGACGUAUUUGUGGAAGAGAACAGCCCCAUCGGGCUGGCCGUGGCCCGGGUCACAGCCACUGACCCAGAUGAAGGGACCAACGCACAGAUCAUGUACCAGAUUGUGGAGGGCAAUAUCCCUGAGGUCUUUCAGUUGGAUAUAUUCUCUGGCGAGCUAACUGCCCUGGUAGAUUUGGACUAUGAGGACCGGCCUGAAUAUGUCCUGGUCAUCCAGGCUACGUCUGCUCCCUUGGUGAGCAGGGCUACUGUCCAUGUCCGCCUCCUUGACCGCAAUGAUAACCCGCCCGUGCUGGGCAACUUUGAGAUUCUCUUUAACAACUAUGUCACCAACCGCUCCAGCAGCUUCCCCGGUGGUGCCAUAGGCCGUGUGCCUGCCCACGACCCCGAUAUCUCAGACAGCCUGACGUACAGCUUCGAGCGAGGAAAUGAACUCAGCUUGGUCCUGCUCAAUGCCUCCACCGGUGAGCUGAGACUGAGCCGGGCACUGGACAACAACCGGCCCCUGGAAGCCAUCAUGAGUGUGCUGGUGUCAGAUGGUGUCCACAGUGUGACAGCCCAGUGCUCGCUACGUGUCACCAUCAUCACGGACGAGAUGCUCACACACAGCAUCACGCUGCGCUUGGAAGACAUGUCUCCAGAACGCUUUCUCUCACCACUGCUGGGACUCUUCAUUCAGGCCGUGGCAGCCACGUUGGCCACACCCCCGGAUCAUGUGGUGGUCUUCAAUGUGCAAAGGGAUACUGAUGCCCCAGGCGGCCAUAUCCUCAACGUAAGCCUGUCGGUGGGCCAGCCUCCAGGACCCGGGGGUGGGCCACCCUUUCUGCCUUCAGAGGAUCUCCAGGAGCGCCUGUACCUCAACCGCAGCCUGCUCACCGCCAUCUCGGCGCAGCGCGUGCUCCCCUUCGACGACAACAUUUGCCUGCGGGAGCCCUGCGAGAAUUACAUGCGAUGUGUGUCUGUGCUGCGGUUCGACUCCUCUGCGCCCUUCAUCGCUUCCUCUUCGGUGCUCUUCCGGCCCAUCCACCCUGUCGGGGGUCUGCGCUGUCGCUGCCCACCAGGCUUCACAGGCGACUACUGCGAGACCGAGGUGGACCUCUGUUACUCAAGACCUUGUGGACCCCAUGGGCGCUGCCGCAGCCGAGAGGGUGGCUAUACCUGCCUCUGUCUGGAUGGCUACACGGGCGAGCACUGUGAAGCGAGUACCCACUCAGGCCGUUGUACUCCAGGUGUCUGCAAGAACGGGGGUACCUGUGUCAACCUGUUGGUGGGAGGUUUCAAAUGUGACUGCCCCUCCGGGGACUUUGAGAAACCCUUCUGCCAGGUGACCACACGCAGCUUCCCUGCCCGCUCCUUCAUCACCUUCCGUGGCCUGCGCCAGCGCUUCCACUUCACCCUGGCCCUCUCGUUUGCUACCAAGGAGCGUAACGGGCUACUGCUGUACAAUGGGCGCUUCAAUGAGAAGCACGACUUUGUGGCUCUCGAGGUGAUCCAGGAACAGGUGCAGCUCACCUUCUCUGCAGGGGAAUCGACCACCACCGUGUCUCCGUUUGUGCCGGGAGGGGUCAGUGAUGGCCAGUGGCACACAGUGCAGCUGAAGUACUAUAACAAGCCACUGUUGGGUCAGACAGGGCUUCCCCAAGGUCCAUCUGAGCAGAAGGUAGCCGUGGUGUCCGUGGAUGGCUGUGACACAGGGGUGGCUCUGCGCUUUGGAGCUAUGCUGGGCAACUACUCCUGUGCUGCCCAGGGCACCCAAGGAGGCAGCAAGAAGUCUCUGGACCUGACAGGGCCCUUGUUGCUGGGUGGGGUGCCGGAUCUGCCCGAGAGCUUCCCCGUCCGAAUGCGGCACUUUGUGGGCUGCAUGAAGGACCUCCAGGUGGAUAGCCGGCACAUCGACAUGGCCGACUUCAUUGCCAACAAUGGCACUGUGCCUGGCUGCCCCACCAAGAAGAUCGUGUGCGACAGCAGCAUUUGCCACAACGGUGGCACCUGUGUGAACCAGUGGAAUGCGUUCAGCUGCGAGUGUCCACUAGGCUUCGGGGGCAAGAGCUGCGCCCAGGAAAUGGCCAACCCCCAGCGUUUCCUGGGCAGCAGCCUUGUGGCCUGGCAUGGCCUCUCUCUGCCCAUCUCUCAGCCCUGGCACCUCAGCCUCAUGUUCCGCACACGCCAGGCAGAUGGCGUCCUGCUGCAGGCCGUCACCAGGGGGCGCAGCACCAUCACCCUGCAGCUUCGGGCAGGCCACGUAGUGCUAAGUGUGGAGGGCACAGGGCUCCAGGCGUCAUCUCUGCGUCUUGAGCCAGGCCGAGCCAAUGAUGGUGACUGGCAUCAUGCACAGCUGGCACUGGGAGCCAGCGGGGGCCCUGGCCAUGCCAUUCUGUCCUUUGACUAUGGGCAACAGAAGGCAGAGGGUAAUCUGGGCCCUCGGCUGCAUGGACUGCACCUGAGCAAUAUUACAGUCGGGGGAGUUCCUGGGCCAGCCAGCGGAGUGGCCCGUGGCUUCCGGGGCUGUUUGCAGGGUGUCAGGGUAAGCGAGACACCUGAGGGUAUCAGCAGUCUAGAUCCCAGCCGCGGGGAGAGCAUCAAUGUGGAGCCAGGCUGUAGCUGGCCAGAUCCCUGUGACUCGAAUCCAUGCCCUACCAACAGCUACUGCAGCAAUGACUGGGACAGCUAUUCUUGUAGCUGUGUUCUAGGUUACUAUGGUGACAACUGUACAAAUGUGUGUGACCUGAACCCAUGCGAGCACCAGUCCGUGUGUACCCGAAAACCCAAUACACCCCACGGCUACAUCUGCGAGUGUUUACCAAAUUACCUUGGGCCAUAUUGUGAGACCAGGAUUGACCAACCUUGCCCCCGUGGCUGGUGGGGACACCCCACAUGUGGUCCAUGCAACUGUGAUGUCAGCAAAGGCUUUGACCCAGAUUGCAACAAGACAAGUGGGGAGUGCCACUGCAAGGAGAAUCACUACCGGCCCCCCGGCAGCCCCACUUGUCUCUUGUGUGACUGUUACCCCACUGGUUCUUUGUCCCGAGUCUGUGACCCCGAGGACGGCCAGUGUCCGUGCAAGCCUGGAGUCAUUGGGCGUCAGUGUGACCGCUGUGACAACCCUUUUGCUGAGGUCACCACCAAUGGCUGUGAAGUGAAUUACGACAGCUGCCCACGGGCCAUAGAGGCUGGGAUCUGGUGGCCCCGCACGCGGUUCGGGCUACCUGCUGCUGCCCCCUGCCCCAAAGGCUCCUUUGGGACUGCUGUGCGCCACUGUGAUGAGCACAGGGGUUGGCUCCCCCCAAACCUCUUCAACUGCACGUCAGUCACCUUCUCAGAGCUAAAGGGCUUCGCUGAGCGGCUGCAGAGGAACGAAUCAGGCCUGGACUCAGGACGCUCCCAGAGGCUAGCCCUGCUCCUGCGCAAUGCCACCCAGCACACCUCUGGCUACUUCGGCAGUGAUGUCAAGGUGGCCUACCAGCUGGCCACACGGCUCUUGGCUCAUGAGAGUGCCCAGCGGGGCUUUGGGCUAUCCGCCACACAGGAUGUACACUUCACGGAGAAUCUGCUGAGGGUGGGCAGCGCCCUCCUGGAUGCAGCCAACAAGAGGCACUGGGAACUGAUCCAGCAGACAGAGGGUGGCACCGCCUGGCUGCUCCAGCACUAUGAGGCUUACGCCAGCGCCCUUGCCCAGAAUAUGCGGCACACCUACCUAAGCCCCUUCACCAUCGUCACACCCAACAUUGUCAUCUCUGUAGUGCGCCUGGAUAAGGGGAACUUUGCUGGGACCAAGCUGCCCCGUUAUGAGGCAUUACGUGGGGAGCGCCCCCCAGAUCUUGAGACCACAGUCAUUUUGCCAGAAUCUGUCUUCAGAGAGAUGCCCUCCAUGGUGAGGUCUGCAGGACCUGGUGAAGCCCAGGAGACGGAGGAGCUGGCCCGGCGGCAGCGGAGGCACCCAGAACUGAGUCAGGGAGAGGCAGUGGCCAGUGUCAUCAUCUACCACACCCUGGCUGGACUGCUGCCCCACAACUAUGACCCCGAUAAGCGUAGCCUGAGAGUCCCCAAGCGCCCCGUCAUCAACACCCCUGUGGUGAGCAUCAGCGUUCACGACGACGAGGAACUCCUGCCGCGGGCUCUGGACAAGCCAGUCACCGUGCAGUUCCGGCUGCUGGAGACCGAGGAGCGGACCAAGCCCAUCUGUGUCUUCUGGAACCAUUCAAUCCUGGUCAGUGGCACUGGCGGCUGGUCCGCCCGAGGCUGCGAAGUCGUCUUCCGUAACGAGAGCCACGUCAGCUGCCAGUGCAACCAUAUGACAAGCUUUGCUGUGCUUAUGGAUAUGUCACGACGAGAGAACGGUGAGAUCUUGCCACUGAAGACCCUGACAUACGUGGCCCUUGGAGUCACCUUGGCUGCCCUGAUGCUCACCUUCCUCUUCCUCACCCUCCUCCGUGCCCUCCGCUCCAACCAGCACGGCAUCCGACGCAACCUCACAGCUGCCCUGGGCCUGGCCCAGCUGGUCUUUCUCCUGGGCAUCAACCAGGCUGACCUCCCUUUUGCCUGUACAGUCAUCGCUAUCCUGCUGCAUUUCCUGUACCUCUGCACCUUCUCCUGGGCUCUGCUGGAGGCCUUACACCUGUACCGCGCGCUCACAGAGGUGCGCGACGUCAAUGCCAGUCCCAUGCGUUUCUACUACAUGCUGGGCUGGGGCGUCCCUGCUUUCAUCACAGGCCUCGCUGUGGGCUUGGAUCCGGAAGGCUAUGGGAACCCUGACUUCUGCUGGCUCUCUGUCUAUGAUACCCUCAUCUGGAGCUUUGCUGGACCAGUGGCCUUUGCUGUUUCGAUGAGUGUCUUCCUGUACAUCCUGUCGGCCCGAGCCUCCUGUGCUGCCCAACGGCAGGGCUUCGAGAAGAAAGGGCCUGUCUCGGGCCUGCGCUCCUCCUUCACGGUCCUCCUGCUGCUGAGUGCCACGUGGCUGCUGGCACUGCUCUCUGUCAACAGUGACACUCUGCUCUUCCACUACCUCUUCGCUGCCUGCAAUUGUGUCCAGGGCCCCUUCAUCUUCCUCUCCUACGUGGUGCUCAGCAAGGAGGUCCGGAAAGCACUCAAGUUCGCCUGCAGCCGGAAGCCCAGUCCCGACCCUGCCUUGACCACUAAGUCUACCCUGACCUCGUCCUAUAACUGCCCCAGCCCCUACGCAGACGGGAGGCUGUACCAGCCUUACGGAGAUUCGGCUGGCUCGUUGCACAGUGCCAGCCGCUCCGGCAAGAGUCAGCCCAGCUACAUCCCCUUCUUGCUGAGGGAGGAGUCCACGCUGAACCCUGGCCAGGUUCCCCCUGGCCUAGGGGACCCAAGCGGCCUGUUCUUGGAAGGCCAAGCCCAACAACAUGAUGGGGGUCCGGGUUCUGGGAAGGUCCCUUGGCUGGGAGACUUUGGGACCACAACAAAGGAGAAUAGUGGUAGUGGGCCCCUUGAAGAGCGGCCACGGGAGAAUGGAGAUGCCCUAACUCGGGAAGGGUCUCUGGGACCCCUUCCGGGCCCUUCUACCCAACCUCACAAAGGCAUCCUCAAGAAGAAGUGUCUGCCCACCAUCAGCGAAAAGAGCAGCCUCCUAAGGCUGCCCCUGGAGCAGGGCACAGGGUCUUCUCGGGGCUCCUCCAUCAGUGAGGGCAGUCGGCACGGACCUCCUCCCCGCCCACCUCCGCGCCAGUCUCUGCAGGAACAGCUGAAUGGGGUCAUGCCUGUCGCCAUGAGCAUCAAGGCAGGCACGGUGGAUGAGGACUCCUCUGGCUCUGAAUUUCUCUUCUUUAACUUCCUGCAUUAACCCUGGGCCGGUGUUCCUUCGUCCCCUUCCCCCGCUGCGCUCAUGCCCCAAUCCUGUCUUCUGCUUUAUCCUGCCCCUGCUCCCUACCGCCCACCUGCCUGCCUUCCGAAGCAGCAGCGACGAACCGUCCAUCUGAGGAGCCUGGGCCUUGCACCCAGAAGGCCAACUAGUGCCAAGUCCCUCCCCCACCUCCCCCUCACUGCACUUUGGACCCUCGGGGGGGCCAACAUCUCCAAGACAAAGUUUUUCAGAAAAAAAAAAAAGAGGAAAAAAGAAUUUAAAAAAAGGAUCUCCACUCUUCAUGACUUCAGGGAUUACUUUUGUUUUUAUACGCCGGAAGUGGACUCCCCUUUCCCCUUCCCAAAGAGGACAGGACCACCCAGGACGUGUCCCAGCCUCUCUUCAGUUUCAUCUCCUGUGCCUCUGGGAGGAGAGGGACUCUUAGGGGGCCUGCCCCUCAUUUGCCAUCACCAAAAGGAAAGGACAAAGCCACGUGCACCAGGGGCAGGAGCCCCUGCAAGGCUGCACCGGACAGACGGACAGACAGGCCUCAGUUGGUGAGGGGUCAGGACAAAAACAAACAAACAAAAAAAACAAAGGCACUUUCCACCCGCCAGUUCCACCUCUCCCAGGAACUGACAAGCCCUGUCCGGCCAGGGGCAGAAGGACUCAUGGCCCCUGGACCCCCCAAAUGCUGCAUGAACCGUUUUUUAAGGGGAAGCCUGUUGCCCCCGUGAUGGGGAAGGACUACCCCAGCCCCUCUCCUUUUCCUGGACUCUGGCCAUGUGCUACAGCCCAGGUGUUUGCUCAGUUUGCUGACCCCAAAGUGCUUCAUUUCUCCUGCCCACCCUUGCAGGUAGGGCCAGUCACUCUUCCAUUGCUUCUUUGCUGUGUGGGCGGUCCCAGGAGGAAGGGUAAGCGCAGAGCUGGCAUGGUGGCCCUGAGGGGCCCCCAGCACAGGUGCCAGGUCUGGGUUCUGCUGUCCACUCACCCCCUCCCCGCCAAAUCAGACAAAUGCCAUUUUUUUUUGUCUGACCUGCUGUGGCCUCUGAGACAUGUUCUAUUUUUAACCCCUUCCUGGAAUUGGCUCUCUUCUUCAAAGAACCAGGUCCUUGGUCCCCAUUGUCCCCCUACUUGACCCCAGCUCCCUGCGAAGAGAGAGUUAAUAUAUUUUUUAUUUAUUUGGGUUUUUUUUUUGUGUGUGUGUGUGUGUGUGUUGGGAUGGGUUUGUGUCUGGUCCCCAGGGGGUCUCAUGUGCCCAUUGCAGGCUGGGUGAGUCCCUGGCAGCCCUGGAUUUGGGGCCUACCAUCCUUCCUCUCGCUCCAUUUGCUCUCCUCGGGUUUUUGCAACCACCGUUCAUUUGAGUCCCCCUCUCCUCUGAGCAUGUAUUCCAGACUUGUCACUGACUUCCCUUCUAGAGCAGGUGUAGAAUAAAGGCUCGAGGAGGCAGGAAAGAUGUCCCUGUCUCUCAUUUGGAAGGCUGGCCGCUGGCUUUUCUGCCAUGGAUUCUCACCUGCCCUCUGCCCUCUUCCCCUCAGCAAUUCCUGUAAAGGGUUAAAAAUUUAACUGGAUAUAUUUUUUUUUAACUACUGAUGACUUGACUUAAAAAAAAAUACAAAGAUGCUGGAUGCUAACUUGAUACUAACCAUCAGAUUGUACAGUUUGAUUGUCGCUGUAAAUAUGGUAGAGUUUUGUUUUUGUUUUUGUUUUUUUUUCCCCCCCCAUACUACUGAAUAAACUAGUUCUGUGCAGGAGCCAUGUCAUCGCUGGCUUCUGUAAAGCA